AUUACAGUAAUGGCAGCUGUGACAGGAGGAGAACUAUCUGAUGAGGAAUGGUUAGUGUCGAGAGCUCGAGCCUGUUUUAAGGCUGAUCCUUAUGCUGCUAAAUCAUGGAUGCUAACAGCAAGAACGCUCUUCCCAAAUAGCUUUAAUAUACAGUUUGAAGCAUAUAACCUAGAAAAGCAAGCUAAGAAUUCCAAAGAAGCUGCGAAGCUCUUAGAAAGUUUAUAUUUGUUAUUUCCCGAAGAGAGGCGACUAUGGUCCGAAGUUCACAGUAUACUAGAUGCUCUACAGAAUGAGACUGCCGAUCAAACAACAGCCUUUCUAACAGAGAUUCUGACAGCUAUACCCACGCAGGUACAAUGUCAGAUGUUACUGAGUGUGUCAGAGAAGAUUUCAGACAAAUUAGAACAGUGCCGUCUGCUACUGUUGGCAUUGAAGAAAUUUCCAAACUUGGUCAAAGAGCAUGGGAGGAAGUUAGUAGACACAUUAUUAUCAGCAGAGACUCACGCUCAGUUCCAGUCACCUGUUAACUGCUACAGAAAACUACUGGUAUGUGACGUGUUACCAUUGGUACUAAAGAAAGGUAGUCAGGUGAAAGUGUUGGCCAAUGAUUUAUAUGUAUGGUUACAAAAAUGUGUAGAGUUCUACAUCAGCUUUGUCACACAACCCCCACCUUCAUCUCAUGAACCUACAACUCCAUUAUCACCUGAUCUGAUGUCACCAACAAAGAAAUGUAGACGAGCAAAUAUCCCAGGCCUUCAUGACAAGGAAUGUUUGAUAAGUGACCCCUGGGCUCAUCUUUAUAAACUCCUCAUCUUCAUAGGACAAAAUGUUGGCUGGGAAAUUGACAAAGAUUUCUUUACCAAAUCAAGAGAGUUUCAGUGGCAGCAUAUAUUAAGCUUGUAUAACAGAUCUAACCAGGCGGGCUCGGAGUCGAGGAACAAACAGAUAUUGUAUACAACUACUGUGUUAUUCCUGGAAUGUUUAUAUCACUAUAUUUGUAGUGUGGAUACAGACAUCUUCCAUUCUGGAGGUAGUAACAGUGUUCCCCUGGUAAUUAUAGAAGGAUUUAAGGCAGAACAAGCCAACAAUGGUGCUCAACCAGCUGCAAAGAGAUCCAAGGCAGAGUCAUUGUUACCUCAGGUACAUGCCACAAAGUCAAUAUCCACAUCUCAAACUGUCAUACAAAAUUUCCUCACAGCUUUCAAAUGUUACGAGUUACUGAAUUCCUCAACAGAAUUACAGAGAGAGUUUGUAAUAUUGUGCAAUAACUGGAGAAUGGAGACAUGGAGUUGGAUGGGACAUUUUCAAACUGACAUGUUUCUUUAUCAGGGAGCUUUUCAAGAUGCAGUAAGACAUCUACAAAACUAUGCCAUUGGUUCCAAAACUAAAUUACAGAUAAGACAUUCAUUGCAGCUAGCCUGUUGUUUCUAUUGUCUGAACAAUUACUCUAGAGCAUGUGAGUUAAUACUUGACGUUGUAGCAGCUUUUCCAGUAUUUACCCACCAGACUGACAGUCCAGAUUCUAUCCAAGAGAACCAGUUUGUGUAUGGUUCCGGGCGUCAUCUUGUUCUGGUUCCCUGCACAGAAGCUGAAAUCUUACCUUACUGUAUACAGAUGCUCAUGACUUGCUUCAAGGACAGGGCAUUUGGUGGAAAAUCUUCAGAUUCAUUACUAGGACAUACUCUAGUCUUACUACAAUAUGAUUGGCCAAAUCAUGCGACAUUAUUCUCACAAAUCAUCAAGAAGAUUCAGAAACAAGGCAGCUUUAGCUUUAAUCUCUUCUUUAAUUACAUCAUCAAUGUUGACAUUUUGGAAGAAUUUUCGUUCAUUAAGACACAAGAGGGAGGUAAAAUUCAUCUGGAUAUCUUACCCAUCAGCACAUCUGCCAUAGCACAACAAAGAACUGUGACUCGAGGGUGAAACAAGGGAGUUACAGAAGAUUUUAAGCAGAU